AUGGUGGUGCGGAGCGGACUGCCGCUCGAGAGCCUGCUCUACUGCUCUGCUCCCAUGGUCGGUCAGUCGGAUCUCCCCUUUCGCCUACAGACGGUCCGCAACGGAGCCACCUCGACCUGGACACAGAUGUACAUGGCCGCGGAGAUCAUCGAGCAUCAGGACACGCUUGAAUCGCUCGUCAAGGCUCUGGAGCUCGGCCGCGCUAGCACCGACAACCUCAUUCAGGAUCGAAAGAGCUCUUUGCACGGAAGCUUAGCGCUCCAGAUCGUGCAGCUGGCUGGCAAUGAUGUGGACGAGCUGGUAGAUGCCGCCCGUAAAGUGGCGCCAUUUGCGGAUGCAAUCGACCUCAACCUCGGCUGCCCCCAGCGGCACGCCGAGCAGGGCAAAUACGGCGCCUAUCUGCUGCCCAAGCAGAACUGGCCGCUGCUCAGCCAGAUCGUUUCCGCGCUUGUACAGGCGGUCGAUGUACCCAUCACUACCAAGAUCAGGCUGACGGUACCAAAGGAGCAGACUCCUGAGCUGGCUGUCACUCUCGCCCGCGCAGGCAGCAGCUUGGUCACGCUACACCCUCGUUUCGCCUCCUCCGUCCGUCGUCGCAAGGGCCUUGCAGACCUCGACCAGGUCAUACAAGUGCGUCAAGCCCUUCAAAAUGAAGGUCUUUUGAGAUGUACACAUCAGCCAGACGGACAGACGGCAGUGGUCAGCAACGGCAAUGUGCGCUGCUGGUCGGACAUCGCGACGAACCUCGCUCUCACGGGUGCAAGCGGCGUGAUGGUCGGCGAAACCCUGCUCGAGAACCCUACACUCUUCAGGCCAUCGCUUGGUGAUCUCGAUGCAUAUCCAUCAGCAGCCGAGAUGGCUGGAGAAUAUAUGAAUCUGCGUGCAGAGUACAGCGAGUUCGAGGCUCCACUCAAGGUCGCAAAGCAACACCUGCAUUCAAUCCUCUGCUCGAUUCCAUACACCCCGAAUCCACACCCCGAUACCACCACCCACCUGCAUCGAAAAGCAGCGCACAUCUCGCAUACACUCAAGUUGAUCCAGUCCGAACCAGCUCUUACCGCCUUCUACAACACCCACCUUACCGUCCGCGCCCCUGCAUAG